CUUUCCCCUCCCUUCACUCAUCCAUCCAUCCGUCCACCCCUAGAUCCGAACCACACAGGCACACCGAUUUGCGCAUCGCCUCCUCCGGCAUAAUGACCAACGAUUCCCCGGAGGAGGAGACCCGAGCUCCGGGUGGAGGAGGAGGUGGAAAAGGAAUCCCGCGGAGAAAACGAGCGGACGACAAUGUCACCAUCCUGACAUCUUCCAUGGAUUUCCACAGAGCCGGCCGGAGCCGAGCCAGCAGCAGCAACGAUGCCGCCCCGAGUCUCACAUCCUCCGUGGAUCUGAGCACCUCCUCUCUGGAGCUGAGCAUCCAGACGCGGAUCUUUAAGAUAAUCGUCAUCGGGGACUCCAACGUGGGGAAGACUUGCCUCACCUUCCGCUUCACCGGCGGCAGCUUCCCGGACAAGACCGAGGCCACCAUCGGCGUGGAUUUCAGGGAAAAGGCGGUGGAGAUUGAAGGGGAGACUAUCAAGGUGCAGGUAUGGGACACAGCAGGCCAGGAGCGCUUUCGUAAAUCUAUGGUGGAACACUACUACCGCAAUGUCCACGCAGUGGUCUUUGUGUAUGACGUCACCAAGAUGGCUUCCUUCCGCAACCUGCAGACAUGGAUAGAGGAGUGUAAUGGCCAUCGGGUCUCAGCAUCAGUACCUCGAGUCCUGGUGGGAAAUAAGUGUGACCUCAUAGACCAAAUACAAGUGCCCUCCAACACAGCGUUGAAGUUUGCUGAUGCCCACAACAUGCUGCUGUUUGAGACAUCGGCCAAGGACCCGAGGGAGAGUCAGAACGUCGACUCUAUCUUCAUGUCUCUGGCCUGCCGCCUGAAGGCCCAGAAAUCCCUGCUCUACAGAGACGUGGAGAGAGAGGAUGGGAGAGUCCGACUCACACAAGAGACUGAAACAAAGAGCAAUUGUCCUUGUUGAGGAAAAUGAGGAGUGGGAGGCGUAAUGGAGGGGAAGCGAGGCGAGUAACUGUACAUGUCAAGGAAGAGAAGGAGAGGGAUGAUGGGAGAGUGAGGCUAAAACAAGAGUCUUUUAAAUUAAACGUUUCUGUUGUCAGAGGUAGAUGGGGGGUGGAGGAUGACACUAUGAGUGUGUGUUUCAAAGAAGAGGAGGAUAGGGUGGAAGUGGUAAGGCUUGUGAGGGACUGAAACUGUAUCAAUAUUGUUGUUUUUCAGGAGAGGGAGGAGAGAGGAAGGUGACAAAGAGAGAGAGAGGAGAAAAGGAGUGGGAAAUUUAUUAACAAUUCUGACAUGAGAGGAUAUUGCCUUUUAGACUACAGUAUAAUGAAGAAAUGCUUCCAUUUAUUCAAACAUAGACAGAAACUGAGUAAAUAUAAAUUCCCUGUGUCCAGUGCCCAGCCACAACACAGCACUAUUAACAUCAUCUGGGGAUCCUAAACAGUCUCGAUGCAAGGCUGUAAUUUCCUAAACCUGCCCUGGUUCGAUGUUUGUCACCACCAUUAUUGACAGCAACACUCUGAGGUAACAUAUUGCAGCUCUUUAAAACCUUUAUCUACUGCCUUAAAAGCUGAACUCUGUCUUUGUUUAAAGAAAGGUUUCAAGAAUUUUAGCCUCUCGAGAGGAUCUUGGUACAACCAAACACUGACAGCCUCUGAAGUGGCAUUCAUUUAACGUACCUGAUAUAUCUGUCUAGGUCAAGCCUUCACAAAUAGGACAGUUGACUUAAAAUCACUGUGAGAUCACAUAAACAUGGGAAUGGAUAAGAAAACACAUCUUUUGUUUAAGUUUAUCUGCAUAAAAUAAGGGGCAAAAAGAUGAGCUUAAAGGACGUUUGCAGGAAGACCUUGACAACAAGGUUUCCUGAAAACAGACCAUAUAGAGGUUGUCAGGCAGCAUGUCAUGUAUCGAUUUCGAGGCUGACACUAAGAUCCUCUUACGCUUAUGCAAGAGAAAUGCUCUCUUCUGCAAAGAAGGGGCGUCAUGGUAAGGCUCCUUUUUCUCAUCUUACCCUGAUGCACACAGAUCCACUCCAUGCUUACCUUCUGGCAGAGUGGCUUAUCCAGAUUCAUCUUCGUGUAUCAAUGCAGCAACAACCAGUCUUUGCAGUAUGUGACUUCAGGAGAGCCAGUCACCCACAGCAAUUCCAUAUUCUAUAAUGAACCUUUUUUGAGGUAAAAGCCUUCUGUCUGUGUAGGAUGGUGUGCUCUCCACAUCAAUAUCACUGCCUCCAGUCUCAGAGAGGACAGGAAAGAUGAUAGAAAGCUGUCACCCCCUGGAUACACGAUGGAUAUAUUUAUACUGCUCCACAGCCUGAGUCUGGAUGUGUGGUGUGAGUGGACAUUUCAGCCUGGUGUGCAUAUAAAGGAAUGAGUCCAGGAGAAACGGAGCCAUGGAUGACACAGGCUGCAUGAAACACUGUAGAAAGCCAUAUUCGUUAUUUACUGUUCACAAUGAUGCAGUACGCUUUACACUGAGAUAACUCCCAGCUGGAUUGUGGAUAGAAGAACACACUGUACAUAACUCAGUGUUGGAGCUAUUAAGCCUUUGCAAUAAGGCAUCAAUCUACAAGCCUGACAGUGAUGCUGUCAGUUUGAUAUAGCAGCACACUCACCAUAUCUGACCCUAUUUUAACACUGUAGCCUACUUUUGAGCAAUGCUAUAAAUAUAUUUGGAUACCAUAUGUUAAAAAAAAAAAGCAUUUCAGCCUCCAAGCUGACAGCCUGACGACCUAAUUAAUUCAUCCGAUCCAGCAACAUAAACACUGUGCAAAUGCUAUAGUGAAAUCCAUAGAGCUAUUGUCUGUGCUGUUUCACGUUUGUUGAUUUUUAUCCAGAAAUUCUCCUCCUCUGUUCUUCCUCAGUCUCAAACACAUUUGUAUCAGUAGCAGCAGGAUCAAGCAGCCGUCACAGGAGAACAAAUCACUGUAAAAUACCAGGAGAAGCUCUUCUCUUUCUCAUUGUAUGUACAGGCAACUAAGAUAACAUCCACUCAUCUAUUUCCAAACCGCUUAUUCUGCUCAGGGUUGUGGAGGGGGCUGGAUCUUAUCCCAGCAUGUAAUACACGAGAGAUGGGUCACACCCUACAACUUUUUAUCUGUUAACAAAUAUCUAUGGCUCUGUUAGGUUAGCAUAACCUGGCUAAUUUAGUCGCUGUAAUACAUGUAAGAUGACUGUGCUAGCUUAAUAAGAGGAAAAACGUGGAAAAGACGAAUGUGCCUGCAUUUCCUUCAAAAACUUACCAGAUCUGAAUAGAAUAACAUUUGACUUUGUCUCAAAUGACUGAAAAGAAAGAUAUAAUUAUGUUCAUAUUAGCAUUCAUCACUCAUUACGGAUAUGAAUUUCAAAUAUCACAUAAAGCUCUCUCUUUUAACUUUAUUUACAUCCCAGUGGAGGCUGGACAGAAGCACGGAGGCCCAGAGAUACAAGCAGGUAUCUCUUGGUUAGCAUCAGUCCGGCAAGAGAGUUUCAUGUCAGUUAGCCUAAACUUUGUCCACGGUGUGGUUACACUCUCUUUCUCUUUUUCAAACAUUUGAACUCAUAACCACUUUGUAUUUUAUCCAGGUCUAAAAGUUAAGAAUACAAAUGUACAGUAUGUGUGCUUGCCUUUUCUUCCCCCUGUACUAUAUUUUAUUUAUUAUUUAUAUAAAAUAAAAUGUUUGCAGUUAAUUUGGGUCUUUUUUAAUAACCCACAUUUGCUCUUAAAGGGAUGCCUUGACAUUUUGAAAUGUAAUCUUGUAAUUUUGUUUAUCUGCAAAAAGUCACAAUGUUAAGACAAGAAAAGGUUUCUAAUUGUUGAAUUAAUAAAUGUCAAGUACACUCUGUACAAUCCAUCAGUAUGGGGAAUGGGUCCUUUGCUUUCUUCUACUAUAUGUUUCAUAUUAUAACAUGUAACAUUGUGGUCGUUACAAUCUCACAAAGGACUUGUGAUAAAACUGCUGAAGAAGCUUCA